AUGAAGUCAAGCGGAAUGUACGAAGCUGCUGGAUUAGCCUUGUGGUUGCGAACAGGCGUUUGGUCUUUGGCAAAGGGUCGCGAUGUGGAUCCUGGCGAUGUCAGUUAUGCCGCCUUGACCCGGUUUGCAGACAUGUAUUUUUCCAAAGCUGUCAGCUUGAAGACGUAUGUGACACGUGAGGGCAAGAGACAGAAGCCACAUGACAGACUGGUGUGGCCCGUGCCCAUGGUGUGCACUUGUGAGAACAUGCCUGAGCUGGACAAGAAGUUCUUUGAGGGCAACCUCAACCUUGUUGGCUGCCACUUUGUCCUCUGGAGUUGGUACGUUGCUUUGGCAGCUGCUCUGCGCAACAAUGACAAGGACUGGCUUGCAUUGCUUUGGGAAGCAGGCCUCAGUGUAACGAUUCAGGUGCGAUACUGCCCUGAUAUGAUUGACUUUGUCAAGGCUCGCAAUCAAGCCUCUGAAGGCCUCAAGGCAAUCAACGAUGUGAACCCCUCAGAAACAUUUGUGCAAUUUGCCCUCUUAGCGAAGCAGCUCAACGUGGAGAAAGAGGCAGAUGGAUCUGCACACGGGUUGAGAUUCAACAACUCACCCUACAACGCGAGCAUGCACAAAGCAGCCAUGGGAAUUAUUUUCUUGCUAGAGGGUGAUGGAGGUUUGUUUCAGAAGGCUAUGUCCAAGCUCGAGCUGGCCUAUGGUCGUGAGUUCUUGUCGAACGCAUACUCAAAGCUCAGCCGCUUGGUGUCGCUUUGCAAGCAAGCUGCAGCAAAUGAGAACCCCACUCACAUUGUGGCUGCCUGGCUGGUGGAGAUGCUGCACUUAGCUCUGAGACUGAAGUUGAUUUCAGCGAAGCAGGCCACGGAAGUGUGGCUUUUUGGUGACCGCAAGCAUGGCACCACUGGUUUCUGUCAAGCGUGUCUGGUCGUCAAGGAGGCCUUUGACUUUGUAGCGCCAUUGCUACAGAAGCUGCCUGAGCAAGAAGCCCAGAAGUGUACCACAGUCGUUGCCAACAUCUGCAAGCCAGAGCAGUGCUGGUUGGAUUUCUUCGUUCCAGAAGCUUCUGAAGCCGGGAUUCUCCAGGAGGAAGGCGAAGAGCAGGAAGAAGCACCAGCUGCCAUACUUGGGGCCAACAAGUUGAACUCGUUGAAGGCUGAGUUUAACAAGGCAACUGGCGCAUUGCUUGAGCUGUUGAUUGACUUGAUGCGAGGUGAAUAUCUGGCAGACUGCCGCACGCUAGCCAAAGAAAAUGUGAAACUGGCACAGGCAGUAUCUGAAGUAGCCGUCCAAGCUGUUCCAGCCGACGACCAGCAAGAUUCAUCAAGUUGUUCCUCCUUAGGCUUUGUGAAGAACCUUUAUUUGGUGGUCCAAGCUUACGACACCAACACAAAGAGUGUCUCACUGGCAGCGCCAUUGCCAACGCCUAGCUUGAUUCAGAGUCUCAACCCCAGCAUUUCUUCAGAACAAGAUGCUGCAGGCAGAGCGCGGGCUUGGAAGCAAGUCCAAUCAGAGUGCCGCAAGUUUGUCACUUUCUCUGUGGUUCCAAAGUAUACGAAAGAAGCGCUCAACAGUGCUUUCCGGAACAGUGGAAAGGUUUGGGCACACAAGGGCGAUCUCAACACUUCCCAUCGCCUUAUAGUUGGCUCAGCAGAUUUGGUCACAGAAACAUCUCAGGAGCCUUGGCUCACCCCAUCAGCUCCAGCGGCAGAUGCUUGGAAGGCAUUGGCCGGGUUUUGCAUGGGCCUCGCUGGCAAUACAGAUUUCAUCUUCCUUUUCGACGGGCGCAUGAGAGAGAUUCGGCGGAUCCAUGCUCCUUGUCUGGAUGAAAAGAAGCUUCCGCUGUUUGAAGAUGUGGUGCUGACGCAGACCCAGACAGAAGAGCUGUUCGUCAUCUACAGUGGCGGGUGUUUGCCGCGUGCGGGGCGUGUGAGACGAGUGCCCUUGGCAGCCCGAAAGCUGGAAACGUGGACCUUUUCUGGCGUGACCUUCCGCCCUGUGAGUGAGCCGCCACUCAUCAAUGCGGAUGACAAAAAGAAGAUCUUACCAGCCAACCAAGCUGUCCAAGUGCCAGAGACAUGGAAGGAAUCACAUGCUGAAGACGGGCCAUUGUUUUGGCAAGAGUGUAAGCCGAUUGAAUUAUAUCUGGCGUUGCUGGAUGAAUUCAAGGGUCAGGCAGUCUUGGACCUCACAGCAGGCUCAGGGGCCCUCAUGGAAGCUUGCCUGACCCGCGGAGUGCAAUAUCACGGGAUUUGCCUCAAUCGCGACCACAUGACUUGGCUCCAAGCAGUGGCGGACCGCGCUGCAUGCGGCCUGAUCUCCAUUGAGGGCUCCACUUUGUUCGGUGAAGAGCUGGCCAAGCUGGUGAAGCAUCAUUUUGCUGACCUACUUCAGCGUCUGGUCCCAACAGAUGACGGUGCAGAAGAGUUGCUCGAGCCUGCCAGUGAUGACGACGCAGCUUGA